CUUUGUUGUCUACAGCUAAAACUUGAAGGCAGCUUUUUGUAUAUGGCAGCAACCAAGAGUGGUUUUACUGGCGUAUGCGGAGAACGGGGAAAAAUUAUAAGCUCAGGAUGUCAUCUGAAGAGGAAGACCAGCCAGAGACCCCCAUUGGCUCCCCUUGGUCUUGGAUUCCGUUGAUGAAAGAUCCUGGUUGGAUUCGAAAUGUCUGGACUCGCAAUCUAAAUGUCCAAACCAUGAAUUACGUUGGACAGUUAGCAGGGCAAGUAUUUGUAACUGUGAAGGAGCUCUAUAAGGGACUGAACCCAGCCACAUUGUCGGGAUGUAUAGAUAUAAUUGUUGUACGUCAGCCAGAUGGAAAUCUUCAGUGUUCCCCUUUCCAUGUUCGUUUUGGGAAAAUGGGAGUUCUACGUUCUAGGGAGAAAGUGGUUGACAUAGAAAUUAAUGGAGAGGCUGUAGAUUUGCACAUGAAACUAGGAGACAAUGGGGAGGCCUUUUUUGUGCAGGAGACAGAUAAUGAUCAGGAGGUAAUUCCUUAUCAUCUCUCCACAUCUCCCAUUCUGUCUGAGGGAACUACUUUAAUGGAAUCUCAGCUGAAGAGGAAUUCCAUAGACAGGAUAAGAAACCUGGACACCAGUGCAUCCUCACAAUUACCAACCCAAGCCCAUGGAUCCCAGCCUUCUACUGAAACACCUCCAGUCUCUAGCUCUGUGAAAAAAAGGAGGAAGAAGAGGAGGAAGUCUACCCAUAAAAUAGACAACUUAAAAAGAGAAGACACACAUGGAGACACAUCAGAAGAUGAAGACAUGUUUCCUAUAGAGAUUAGCUCAGAGGAAGAAAAAGAACCAUUGGACAAUUCAAGGAUCCCUGUUCCAGAUGUGUUUGUUGAUGAUGUUUCUGACGUAAAGGCUCCUGCAGUUUCUGUGCUUUCUCAGUCUGCACCUUACCCUCGUUCAGAUGGAGAAUGGUCACCUCUUCAAAGUAAGCCUAUAGAUUGUGCAGGGCAAACCUCUCUUCUCACUGUUCCAGCAGAUGGAGGCCUAUCUAACUCUUGUCCUCAACAAUCUUCCCACUUUUCUCUUCCAGACAGCCAAUCAGAUUCACGCCCUCCUACUCCUCAAAGUGACUCGGAAUUAGUUAGUAAACCUAUGGACAGAAGUGGACUGAAGGAUAAUCCCCACAUGCACUGGGCAUGGGGAGAGCUACCCCAGGCUGCAAAGGCCAGUUCUUUGCUCAAAGCAAAGGAAUCCAGCAUGGUGGAUGUAAAUCCUUCUGAAAGCACUCACUUUCGGGUCAUCCAGAGCUCUCCUAUAGAGGAGUUUAAUACAGUGUCUCCUUCGCUUGCCCUUGGACAAGCAGAUGCAGCAACUGCUGAUGAAAGUGAGCCCUUACCAGUUGAGACAAAUAAGCCAGAGACAGAGUCACCAGGAGCAGCUGUACCACUGUUACCUGCCAAUGAAGAAAUAAAACAAGCUGCAGCUUGCUCAACCCAACCAACUGGCAAGACAGAUUCCCCUUCAAGAAAGAAAGACAAACGAAGCCGGCAUCUUGGCGCUGAUGGUGUCUAUUUAGAUGAUCUCACUGACAUGGAUCCAGAAGUUGCAGCACUUUAUUUCCCCAAGAAUGGGGAUAAUGUCCAAAGUAAGAGCACGAAUGACACAGGGCCGCGGUCAGCCAGCCACUCUCCACAGUCUGUUGGCAGCUCAGGUGUUGACAGUGGAGCCGAAAGCACCUCGGAUGGAAUUCGGGAUUUGCCCUCCAUUGCCAUUUCCCUCUGUGGAGGCCUUACUGACAACAAAGAGAUAACCAAAGAAGAAUUCUUAGAACAUGCAGUGACAUAUCAGCAGUUUGUGGACAAUCCUGCUAUCAUCGAUGACCCUAACCUUGUGGUUAAGAUUGGAAAUAAGUACUAUAACUGGACAACAGCUGGUCCCCUUCUACUGGCAAUGCAGGCAUUCCAGAAACCUUUGCCAAAGGCAACUGUGGAAUCUAUAAUGAGGGACAAGAUGCCCAAAAAAGGUGGAAGGUGGUGGUUUUCAUGGCGAGGGAGGAACAGCACUAUUAAAGAGGAAACAAAGCCAGAGCAAGGUAUGAAUGAGAGUGGACUUACAGAAGACUCUUCACAGAUGAGCAGGGCAAACAGAAUAAAAGAUGAAUCUUCUUCAAGCGAUGAAGACCCUAGAGCUGCCAAACAAAACCUUGGGUCAUUACAAACCAACUCCAGUCAUCUCUCAUUAUUGUCUGGAGUCAGUUACAAAAAAUCACUUCGACUCACUUCUGACCAGCUUAAAAGCUUAAAGCUCAAGAAUGGCCCCAACGAUGUGACCUUUAGUGUUACAACACAGUAUCAAGGCACUUGCCGCUGCGAAGGCACCAUUUACCUAUGGAAUUGGGAUGAUAAAGUUGUUAUUUCUGACAUUGAUGGAACCAUCACACGGUCAGAUACUUUAGGCCAUAUUUUGCCAACUCUUGGCAAAGACUGGACACACCAAGGGAUUGCGAAGUUGUACCAUAAAGUGAGCCAAAAUGGAUAUAAGUUUUUGUACUGCUCAGCACGUGCUAUUGGAAUGGCAGGCAUGACCAGAGGAUACUUGCACUGGGUCAAUGAACGAGGAACUGUGCUGCCUCAGGGGCCAGUGUUGCUGAGUCCAAGCAGCCUGUUCUCAGCUCUUCACAGGGAGGUCAUAGAAAAGAAGCCAGAAAAAUUUAAAGUUCAGUGUUUGACAGACAUCAAAAAUUUGUUUUAUCCUAACACAGAACCCUUUUAUGCUGCUUUUGGAAACAGACCUGCUGAUGUUUAUUCAUACAAACAGGUGGGGGUUUCUUUAAACAGGAUAUUUACAGUUAACCCCAAAGGAGAACUUAUACAGGAGCAUGCAAAGACAAACAUCUCAUCCUAUGUCAGACUGUGUGAAGUGGUAGAUCACAUUUUCCCUUUGCUAAAAAGAAGCCAUUCUUCAGACUUUCCUUGUUCUGACACCUACAGUCAGUUCACCUACUGGAGAGAACCUCUGCCGCCGUUUGAAACUCAGGAUGUACAUCCAACCUCAUCUUAACUGCAUCUCCCAACCGUUGGCCUCUGCUCAAAGAAUGAGUUGGCUUGUAUUGACAGGACAGCAGGUGGCUUUUGCUGUUGACAGUUCACCUGGAAUCUGUGAUGAUGUGAGCAUUGUAUUCUUUUGCUGUGAGCACACUUAAAAAUGCUUUUUCAUACUUAGUCAUGUCUCCAGACAAGAGGAGUCUCGCUGGGAAUAGGAGUUGCAUUUCUAGGUCUUCACCCGGCUCCUCAAAUUGUGCCAUGCACUUUCAUUGUGUAAAGUCAAAUAAAAGUGAACUGAUGUUGGAGUUGCAGUUAAAUGUGCCGUAAGGCUGUAAGGUGGUUCCAUGUCUGUUCUGCAUCACUGAAGCCAUCUUUCGUCAGAACCACUUACCAGUAAGGGAGCUGAAGGUGCUCACCAUUCCUGACAUCGUCUGGUGACACGGACAGGGAUUGCAAUCAAUACAUCAAAAUUUUUCUCUCUGAAGGAGCAAGUGAUUCUUCCCAUUUCCCCUUGCUUGAGCAACAACUGUUUGUUUAAGAGUUAAUUACUGGUCUAGGUCCUCACUGAUAUACAUCAGUGUAGCUAUCAAAGCCAGUUGAACUGUGUUGAUUUAUUCCAGCCUGUUUUGACAUGGGAUAUUUCUGAGGAAAUAAAUUAUGUGUAGUCUAAAUAGAAGGUAAAUGAAAUAGGAUGGCCAGAUUCUGCCAGUCUUUUUCAAUUUGAGAAGUAUCAUACUUCAAGAGUAGCUAUUUGGAUCAAGGUAAGUGGGCAAGUGGAAGAUAAAGGCUGUACUGUGCGUGGUGCCCACAUUACUGAAGUGAGUGAUUUUCAGUAAAGGCAUUUUACCCACACAAUGUGCUGAGGUUCAAGAUUGUUACUGAGCCGAGAACACUGAGGAUUUUGUCAAAAUAGAAUAGUUUUAUUUGAAACAUUACUUUGACUAAAAUGUGAAUUUUGAUGCCGGUGAAUGAUGCAUCUCAGGUUUUUACUGUAUGGAUUUUUUGCUUUGUUUUGUAGUGUAAAGAAUGGAUACUUUUAGUGCAAUUUACUCUCCUUUAAGGUAAAGAACUCUCCUCUUUCAUAUGUUUUUUCCUUAUUUAUUCAGACACGAGCUGUAGUUACUUUUUUUUGCUAUCUGCUUUUGACAGCCUUAAGACUUAAAUAUGCACGCUGAAAGCAAUACUGCAGAUCAGUUGAUGAUGUUUUCCAAAUGGUCUGCCUUUACACAAUGUGGUAGUUCAAAUGUGGACUUCAAGUGCCCACAUGCCAAAUGAUUCUCAAAUGUGCUUGUAGUUAGGAAAGUAACUUUUUUUUUACUUUUAAAAUAUAGUGAAAAGUCUAAUUGUUCUGAAACACUGAAAAUGGCAGCAUGGGAUUCUAUGUAUAUUGUAUUUCAGUAUGGCUAAACCCGUGGUUCACAAGCUGUGGUCUCUGCUAGCUUGUGAUCUCUGAGGCUGUGGUACGUUUUGCAGCUGCUUUGUAGUUUUUUCAGUUAAGAGUUUAAUAACAGGAAGGCAGAGUGGUCCAGGAGAAAUUUUAAGAUAUGAUUAUGGUUGUUAUCACUCAGAAGUUUGGGAAUGGCUGCUCUGUAUCACAUUUCUUCCGUUACAACAGAUUCUGGUUUUGCAUGUCAAGAGUGAUGGCAACGUAGAUGGGAUGGUAACUCUGUACGAGGGGCUUUCUAACUUUUGGUACUGCAGACUUUAUUUGGGAUGUCAGUGGGCCAAUUUAUGAUUUUUCUCUGUGCCUUCAAUAGUAAUGAAUAUAAGUGCAAUCCUUUACACAGCUGCAGUGUGCAGUGGUGAGCACUCCCUAGGUCUUCCUUUCACAUGAACGCUUCUGCUUCAGGCAAGAUGCAUGUCCACUUUGGAGAUACCAGGAUUAGACACAAUGAGGAACAAAUGCAGAUUGAUUGUUCUCUCUUGGAAGUUUGAAGAAAAUGCAAAUAUCUUUUUACUUAAAGAUGGAAGAAAUGUGGGGUGGAUUUUCUGAAAGACAAUCGGUGGGGGUUGCAGGUUGCCAAACUGAGAUAGUUACAUCUCUAAAUAUAGCCACACUUUCCUUUAAGUAUCUAAUAAUAUUUAUAAUUAAUGAUUGAAUAAAUGGAUGAAUGUCCUAGCUGCAUCCUAUUUAAAUUCAGUUUUGGUAAAGGCCUAUUUCAAUCCGUUUAUUAUGUAAAAUAAACCUAACCAACACUUCAAUUAGAGGCUGUCAGUUUUGUCGUAUUUAUCCUUAGCAAUAGUAAAGAUCUAUUUUCCUAAGAUAUUACACACAGCAAUUCCCAACAGAAAAUAUGCUCCCUGAAAAUUCUCCACAAUUAAACGAUGUGAUAUGUUUAUUUAUAAAUUAAUAAAUAGGUAAUCCAGGGUUGUUUGUUGCCAUUUGUAUUUGAAACCAAAUGACAGUGUGAAUGAGGGUCUGUUUUAAUUCUGUCAGAUUGUAGCUGUGGUGAAGUGCUGGUACAGGUAAACCUGAGAUGCUGCAGAAUCUGUCCCAGAGCUUUUCAAGGCUUGGUUAAACAGGGUUAUGGCUGACUUGAUCUAGUACUGGCAAUCAUCUGCUUCAAGGAUGAAGUUGGACUGCAUGACCUCCAGGGGUCCCUUCUGACCAACAUUUCUGUGAUUCUGUGACAUUAAACGCCUUACCACUGACAUGCUGUGUACCCCUGCGUAUCCGAAAGUUGAAAUAUAGCUGAACAGUGUCAGGAAUGUGUGUUUGUAAAAUGUUUAUCAAAUUUGCUCACAGAAAAGACACUUAUGAAAAUCAAGGGUUUGACCUGCUAGAAACAUCACCAUACUUUUCCAGAAAGUAUAAGACAUUUUGAUUUGGUAGCUGAUUAAUUUUAGCAUAAUAUUUAAACUGCUUUGUUAAUUCAUAUAGAAGAAAAAGGGAUCGUUUAACGAAUUCCUACUCUUUCUGUGAAAGAAAAAAUACCAACCUUGUUUGCAGUGUAAUGCUGGGUUUUGUUACAGAAAGAAUAUGCUAACAUAAGUAUGCAGACACAUUAAAUCACACUAUAUUCAAUUCAUGCAGUACGCAGAAACUAGUAUAUGCAGCAGUGAGGAGUGACUAAUGUUUAUUUUCUUCAAGCUGAUGACCACACCACUCCAGCUGGGUCAUGAGAGGAAAAGAAUACCAUACUUGUGGCAUUAGUUAUGUUGAAGAUAAAAUGUUACUGCUGUAAUGUGGGGAGGGAGGAGAAAAAGGAUAUUGGGUAUUUUUAUUUAUAGAUAUGGAUUAUUAUUAUUUCAAAGCCUAUUUAUAUACAGUAUUUACUCUGUAUAUGUAUGUGCUACUGCAAUGAUGAAAAUAAUUUUAAAACUUCAUUUUGAUCUGAAUGCAACAAGGGUAGAAAUAUAUAUUGUAAUAAAGGCAAAUAUAAAUUUUU